GUCGCCCACGCAGUAGGUGUUAAACCACACCCACGUCAAAAUGGCUAAGGUUCUUGAUAAGUUGAAAAAGUCAGAGCAGGAAUUGCACAGUUCUUCCUUCAUUAAAGCUCAACAUGCUCCGCCUGUCAGCAAUGCUAAAAUAUGCAUAGCCCUGGUUGGAUUGCCUGCUCGUGGAAAGACCUACAUAGCCAGGAAACUGGCUAGAUAUCUUAACUGGAUUGGCGUAAAUACUAAAGUUUUCAAUGUUGGUGAAUACAGGAGAAAUGCUGUUGGGGCCGAGAAAACUUUUGAGUUUUUUCAUCCUGAUAAUAAAGAGGCCACGGAAGCAAGGAGAAAAUGUGCGAUUGCCGCUUUGCAGGAUGUUCAGAAAUUUCUUGAAGAGGGUGGAGAUGCAGCUGUAUUUGAUGCCACUAACAGUACUAAGGAAAGACGACAACUUAUCAUUGAUCAUUGUCAGCCCCAUUCUAUUAAAGUAUUUUUCAUUGAAUCUAUAUGUGAUGAUCCAGAACUUGUUGAUGAAAAUAUAAAAGCAGUGAAGUUGUCUUCUCCUGAUUAUUCUGACCGUGCUACUGAUGAAGCCAUUGAAGAUUUCAAGAAAAGAAUUGAAGUCUAUAAACUAGCAUAUUGCUCACUGGACAAAGAUGAGGACAAGGAGUUAAGUUGGGUCAAGAUAUUUAAUGUGAAGCAGCGAUAUGAGGCUAAUCAGAUUGAAGGUCAUUUGCAAGCUAGAUUGGUUUACUAUCUCAUGAAUAUUCAUAUAAGACCACGCUCAAUCUAUUUGUGUCGACAUGGAGAGAGUAUAUGUAACAUGUAUGGUCGGAUUGGCGGAGACUCCGAGCUAUCAGAAAGAGGGUUUGAGUUUGCAAGAAAACUAAGUGAAUAUAUUAGUACGCAAGACUUGCCUGGACUUAAGAUAUGGACGAGUCAGUUAAAGAGAACAAAGCAAACAGCUGAACUGUUGGAUGGACCAAAGGAGCAAUGGAGGGCAUUGAAUGAGCUUGAUGUGGGUGAUUGUGAAGCUUUAUCAUAUGAGCAGAUUCAAGAAAAAUUUCCUAGAGAGUUUGCACUCAGGGAUCAAGAUAAGUACAGAUACAGGUAUCCACGUGGUGAGUCUUAUGAGGAUCUUGUGCACAGGCUGGAACCAGUUAUCAUGGAACUGGAAAGGCAAGAUAAUGUAUUGGUUAUAUGCCAUCAGGCUGUUUCAAGAUGCAUUUUGGCAUAUUUUCUUGAUAAAUCCAAUGAGGAACUUCCUUACAUCAGAGUUCCACUGCAUUCUAUUAUAAAGCUGACACCUGUUGCUUAUGGUUGUAAAGUGGAAAGUCAUAAAAUUGAUGUUCCAUGUGUUGAUACUUAUCGUGGAAAACCAGAGAACUUAGAGCUGACUAGAUCAGGUAAAGAGGCCCUGGGUACUGUUCCACAGCACUUUGAUGACACUAUAUGAGAGGGAAAGGGGCAGGAGAUUUCUUCUCCUAUGCUGCACUCCAUUAUACAUGAAUUUUUUAAUCCAUUUUUAAUUGAUUUUUAGUCUUCAGAGCUGUUGAUUUGUUUGUAUGAUAGCAGCAAAAUUUUAA